AUGUCUUCACUAGUUACGAGGGCACAACUGUUUAAUCCUUCUAGUGUUUUUGUUUCAUCAAAUAAUGAAGUUUAUAUUGCUGAUUUUUGUAAUCAUAGAAUUAGAAAAAUAUUAGAAAAUGGAAAUAUUGUAACAAUUGCAGGAAAUGGAAAUUAUGGAUUUAGUGGUGAUAAUGGUCCUGCAACAAAUGCACAAUUUAAUUAUCCUUGUAGUGUUUUUGUUUCAUCAAAGAAUGAAGUUUAUAUUACUGAUUAUAGCAAUCAUAGCAUUAGAAAAAUAUUGGAAAAUGGAAAUAUUAUAACAAUUGCUGGAAAUGGAACUGUUGGAUUUAGUGGUGAUAGUGGUCCUGCAACAAAUGCACAACUUUAUAAUCCUUCUAGUGUUUUUGUUUCAUCGAAAAAUGAAGUUUAUUUUACUGAUCAACAUAAUAACAGAAUUAGAAAAAUAUUAGAAAAUGGAAAUAUUAUAACAAUUGCUGGAAAUGGAACUUAUGGAUUCAGUGGUGAUAAUGGUCCUGCAACAAAUGCACAAUUGUAUAAUCCUUAUAGUGUUUUUGUUUCAUCAAAUAAUGAAGUUUAUAUUACUGAUUAUAGCAAUCAUAGAAUUAGAAAAAUAUUGGAAAAUGGAAAUAUUGUAACAAUUGCAGGAAAUGGAAAUUAUGGAUUUAGUGGUGAUAAUGGUCCUGCAACAAAUGCACAACUGAAUAGGCCUAAUAGUGUUUUUGUUUCAAAUAAUGAAGUUUAUAUUUCUGAUCAAAGUAAUCAAAGAAUUAGAAAAAUAUUGGAAAAUGGAAAUAUUAUAACAAUUGCUGGAAAUGGAAAUUAUGGAUUCAGUGGUGAUAAUGGUCCUGCAACAAAUGCACAACUGAAUAGGCCUAAUAGUGUUUUUGUUUCAAAUAAUGAAGUUUAUAUUUCUGAUCAAAGUAAUCAAAGAAUUAGAAAAAUAUUAGAAAAUGGAAAUAUUGUAACAAUUGCAGGAAAUGGAACUGCUGGAUUCAGUGGUGAUUCACCUUUUAAUAUUAUAAUGUAUCCUCAUAUUGGAAAUAAGUUAUUAACUGGAAAUAGUAGCUUGUACUCCAAAAUAGAAUAUAAUUUGAAAAAACAUUCAAGAGAUCAAUUAUUUGGAUUUCAAAUUUAUGGAUUCAUUCCACUCAUUGAAAAAAUUUCACCAAAAUUUAGUAAUAUUUUGAAGAAUGAAAAGAUGCUUUGUUUGAUGAGUUCAUCACAACAAGAAAUUAUUCAAAAAUUAAUUGAUUCUUUGCUGUAUGAUAAGAACAAGGUAAAGUUUAGCAAAGAAGAAGUGUUGGAUGUUUUAUUCAUUUUGGGUUUAUUUAAGAAUGGUGAAUUUAUUGAUUUGAAAAGAUCAUUGACAAGUGAAUUUGUGAACUCAUUCACAUUAGAAAAUCUUACUUUCAAAUGGGAAACAAUUGAAAAUUUACUCAAAACUUGCAAAGAGGAAUUUGGUAUUCAAAAUUACAUUCUCGAUCAAUUGAAUAACCAUUGCAUUGAAUAUGCUGCUGUUCAAAUGCAAACAAAAGAAGGAAACACUUUAUUAUCGACUCUUCCAAUAAUUAUGAGAAAUGCUACUGCCAUAUUUCCAAAAAUGAUCAUUACUGAACCAACUGCAAUUAAUAUUGAGGAAACAAUUGAAAAUGAACCACAAACAAUUGAAUCAUUAUAUGGUGAUAUGAAAACAAGUGAUGUAAAAAUCAAAAUGGGACAAAACAAAUACUUAUAUUGUCACAAAACUGUAUUGAGUUCAUCAAGUACAUUGUUUAAUGCAUUAUUUGACAGUGGAUCUUGUUUCAGUGAUUUGAGUGAUGAUGGAAUAUUCACACCUGACGAAUCAGAAGAUUUGGAAUUAUUGGAAAUUGUGAUCAAAUAUUGUUAUAGAAUUUCAAUUGACAAAAUUGAUGCUGUUAAAAUUAUUGGAUUACUUGAUAUGGCAAUGAAACAUGAAAUUCAAUAUCUAAUCAAUUAUUGCAAGAAUAACUUUACUCUAUCCAUUGAUAAUUACUUUGCUAUGCUUGAAGUUAUUUGA